CCCAAGAUGGCGGCGUCGUCGGAGGAGCGGAUGGCUGAGGAAGGAGGCGGCGGCCACGGCGAGGGCGGCUCCUCCUCGGCCGUCGGCUCUGCUCAGCGCCUGCCUCCCCCGCCCCCACCGCAGCCCCCGCAGCCGGGGUCCCAGGCGCCCCCAGCCCCGGCGCUGGCUCCGGACCAGCUGCCUCAAAACAACACGCUGGUGGCGCUGCCCAUCGUAGCCAUCGAGAACAUCCUCAGCUUUAUGUCCUACGACGAAAUUAGCCAGCUCCGCCUGGUUUGUAAAAGAAUGGAUUUGGUCUGCCAGAGAAUGUUGAAUCAGGGAUUUCUCAAAGUAGAGAGGUACCAUAAUCUAUGUCAGAAACAAGUUAAAGCACAACUCCCAAGGAGAGAGUCGGAAAGGAGAAACCAUUCAUUAGCUCGCCAUGCAGACAUCCUUGCUGCUGUUGAAACAAGGCUAUCACUAUUAAAUAUGACUUUCAUGAAGUAUGUGGAUUCCAAUCUCUGUUGCUUCAUCCCAGGAAAGGUGAUCGAUGAGAUUUAUCGUGUGUUGAGAUAUGUCAAUUCUACCAGAGCCCCUCAGCGAGCUCACGAAGUCCUUCAGGAGUUGAGGGACAUUUCCUCCAUGGCCAUGGAGUACUUUGAUGAGAAGAUCGUUCCGAUUCUGAAGAGGAAGUUGCCGGGAUCAGAUGUGUCUGGGAGACUCAUGGGCUCCCCUCCAGUUCCAGGACCUUCUGCAGCCCUGACAACAAUGCAGCUCUUCUCUAAGCAAAACCCGUCAAGACAAGAGGUUACCAAGCUCCAGCAGCAGGUCAAGACAAAUGGUGCUGGAGUGACUGUUCUCAGGAGGGAGAUUUCUGAGCUUCGCACCAAAGUGCAAGAGCAGCAGAAACAGCUUCAAGACCAGGACCAGAAACUGCUAGAGCAGACCCAGAUCAUAGGGGAACAGAACGCGCGGUUGGCAGAGCUGGAACGGAAACUACGAGAAGUGAUGGAAAGUGCAGUAGGAAACUCCUCAGGGUCUGGGCAGAAUGAAGAGUCUCCUCGGAAACGAAAAAAGGCCGCAGAAGCCAUAGACUCUCUGAGGAAAUCGAAACGUCUCCGGAACAGAAAGUAGACUGGAACGUGGCUCUAGCUCCAGAGGAAGGCCCGGCUUAGUGGCUUCAGCAGUUAUGCAUAUCAGGAUGCCACAAGCAACACGGUGUCCUGUAGGCUUCUAGGCUUUCAGAACACAACUUAAACUUGAACUCUCAUGGUUGGGACAUUCUUUUCCUGCUUCUCCUGGUUGAACUGAUGCACAGAAUCUUUUUACUUUGCAAUAGAUUUGUACUAACCAGACCUGUUCUAUCAUGUUUUGAGGAGUUAACUUUUUUUCUGUGCAGAUAAUGUUUAAAGUAAGUUUAUUUGUCUCUGCAUAUAUGCACAUUACAUAAGGAUCUUAAAUCAGUCUUGACAGACUAGAAGUUAAGUUGAAUACAGAAAAUGUCCUGUUCACUUGAAAGAAAAGACCUACUUUUUAAAUGGACAGUAUCUUGUUUUAAAAAACAAAUGUUGACUUUUUGUUAUAAGUGACCUUUGUCUGGAAUGUCUGAGAAGUAGUAAAUGCUUUUUGGUAUUGAA